CUCCUGCUUUUAAACGAGAGGGUGUUAGAUAUGUUAUCUAUGAUAAGUAAUCCACCUGCUAGUGAUUGCGGUUUAGUACGCUUAACGUUUAAUUAGAAGAUCCGUAAGUAAUUUUAGGUUAAAUACGAACUUCUAAGUUUACUUCUUACACAAAUCGUUACAAUUUUGUGGCACGGAAUCUGUGUAUAGCGAAAGCAUACGUCGUUUUAUCUGACAUGGAGUGUUCCAACGAACUGUCUGAAACAAAUUAUAUCCGGUUUCACAUCUGUUUCAGAAGUGUGUGGAGAUAAAAUCGAUAAAGAAUAGUUGCACAAAUUCAUCGCUAUUCCGGAGAUUCCACUUAAAAUGUUAUUGUCCUUGUUGAUAUUCAAAGUGUCUAGAAUUCCAGGGAUACGUUACAUCAGAAUGGAUUGGAGCGUUCCUGUGGUGUACAGUAUGUCUAUAGAUGUCUAAAAGUGGAGUGGUAAAUGAAUUUCCUUCCCAUAUUUUACGAUUUUGAAAUACUGGCUGCUUCUCGACAUGAACUUAUAAAUUUGAAGUUUUUGUCAGGGAUGGAAGAAGCCAAAAGUGUGGAAAUACCUUUCAUUCCCGUGAACACUUCCAGUCCUACAAGGACGAGUUACAACAAGCGUGUUUUCACUCUAAAUGAAAAAGCGGCACUUAUAAAUUGUAGCGAAACAGAACGUUUAAGUGUGAAAGAAUUGACAGAGCGUUUCAAAUGUGGAAAGACUGCAGUUUAUGAAAUUUUGAAAAGGAAGUCCGAAAUACUUGAACAGUGUCUUCUAGGAGCUGGAUCACGAAAGAGAAAAUUCAGAAAAACUGGGAACGAAGAAGUAAAUAAAGCUGUAUGGCAGUGGUUUGUUGAAGCAAAAUCUAACAAUUUUAAUGUUACUGGACCAUUAUUACAAGCUCAAGCAAAAUUAGCAGCAGAACACUUGGGUAAAACUGACUUUAAAGCAUCAAAUGGUUGGUUGGACAGUUUUCGUACUCGUCAUUCUAUAAGCUUCAGGCAGCCCAAUACAGAAGCAGCCCAGGUAUACCCCGUGACUCACACUGAAUGGGGCGAGUACUAUGAAAAGGAGGAAUUUGCAGAAGUAAAGAAAGAACAAGAAGACACCAACACUGUGGAUCUAUUGAGAAGCCCAACCCUUAGUAGGGCUGAUGGGGAUUCAAGUUGUUGUUCUCCCACAACAUCCAAUGUCCCUGGCCCAUCGCUAUCUACGUCAUCUCAGCCUGAGACUGUUUCGGUACUUCCUAUGAUGCUGCCAUCCUCUGUUCAUCAGUCUCCAGCUGAAUUUUCUGAAACAGCUACAAAACAAGUUUUAGGAGUAAAUUCAUCUGAAGAAGAACAAACAUUAAAAACUUUACGAGCCAGAGAACAAGAACACCAACGGCGCUUGGAAAUUAUGGAAAAAGAACAUGAGAUUAAACUGGAAAUUCUUAGGAUUGAAAAAGAAACUGCAGAAAUCAACAGGGAUAUUGCUAGGAAACAACUGUUACGUUUGUCACAAAAGUAAGAAGUGUCCUUUUAUUUUCCUAAAAGAAGAAAUCUUUAAAUGCUUUUGUAUGGCCUUUUUUCUUCUCUUCUUUUUCCCGCUCCUUAAUUGCAAAGGGCCACAAUGGAGACAAAAUAUUUUUGUGUCAAAAAUGCUGCCUAUGUUAAGUUUUAAGUGUUCUUCCAUCUUACAGUAUAUGCAUCUUGAAGCUGAAUAAUAGUUUAAAUUAUCCAAAAAAUAGAAGUUUUGUUUCAUAAUUAUGUCAUAAAGAAAAACUGUCUCAUAGGGCUGUGUGCAGUUGUGUGUGCGCCUGCCUGCGCAUGCACAUGUGAAUCCACUGUUCCAGAUAACUUGAACUGUCAGCUGAGGGAGGUCAUUGUUAUGCCCAUUACUUUCUUCAACAAAAUAAAUGUGGUGGGAAAUUUUAAGAGGAAGCAAGAUUAAGACAUAUUUGAAACAUAUGAAACAUUUAUUUUCAUCAUAUGUCUUUAAACUGUAAAAAAUAAACAUUGACAGAUACAGGUUUUUUUAUAUAUAAUUAUUAUAGACAGGCAUGUGAUGUUUGGUAUGAUUAAAACUUAUUACCAUGCUACAAAUUUAAUUUGAAAUUUGUGUUUGUUUGAAAGUAACGAGAUGGUGCAAAUCAUUGAGAUUAUAAUGUACUGAAUCAUAAAUUUCUCUGCAUUCAGAAUUGAAAGUUAUGAAGCAAUAUUAAUAAAUAUUCAAUAAUUUUAAAUUCAAAAAGGGAAAUGGAUUUAGGCUAAACAUUCUGCAUACAUUUAUUUUAGAAUUCUAGUGUUUUUUGCAAGAUUUAGGUUACAUGAUAGUUGAUGGGAGUUAUUUAAACAGAAAUGACCAAUCAUACAGAUGCUAAGAUUAUGCUAACCUGCCUAGCAACUGGGAAUCACUGAGUAGACAGAGACAUGCUUCUGGAGAAUGUUGUGAAA